AUGAGACCAGUUUUAAUAUUCUACCUCUACUUACACUCAGUACAUUGUCAGUUUGCUGAAAUUGCCUCACUCGCUACCUCACUGCUUGGUACUGGACUAGGGCCAGCUUUGGGAGGCGCGGCAUCUGCUAGUUCGGCUGGCUCAGCAGCUGGUUCGGCGCUUGGCGCACUAUCACAGAUUGGACAGUGCAAUUCUCCUCUUAGCAUCAGUUCUGUUUUAAACGUGAAUGACGUACAUCUAGUAGAUUCACGAAUAAUGCGAUGUUUAGUGUAUCAACUUGCUCAAGGCGCUCUACAACUAACAGGUACUGGCGUUGGCGUGUUAAACCAAGCAUCAGAAGGCAACUGGUUUCCGGCCGUACUCGAACAUGCGUCCAAGAACGCUAGAGCCCUUAUGACUGGACAUAGUGGUGGCAUUGCUGGUCCUCCAAAUCUUGGUGCAUUAGGUCCUAUUGGUCCUGGAAGUCCUAGUUCACAAAUUGAUCCAGAAUUCGGAACAAAUUUUCCUGCUCCAAGCAUUGAAGACUAUGAAGAUAGCAGUGAAAAAGAAGACAUAACGACAACUACAGCUUUGGCGGAUAUUGAUGGUGAUUCUGAUGUGGAUAUCACAACAGUUACUUCACGCCCUAGUUCCUCACCAAUAGCGCUGUUUCCUGAAGAGUUGACGCCAGACCGAGUCUCGGCCGCGAAAACCUUGAACGCAGAAAUUCGAACUGGAGUGCCGAACCUCUCAAAGUUGAUUGACGUUCUACGAAAGAGUAAGCUAAAAGAGUCGGAAAUAAUGGAGAUCGUGUCGCAAGUUGAAAGUAACGAUAAUAUCGUAAAAUCACCAAAAGUGGAUUUCACAUCUGCAGUUCAAAAUAUUCCACUGAAACAGCAGAAAAAUCGUGAACGUAUAGCGAAAGCUACAAGAGAACUUCAAGAUAAUAUUGAACCACAAGAAAAGGCUCUUCAUUCUGCGCAGAAGAUUCAUUUCACCGGUACACAACAACUUCCACCACUUACACAAAUGGAAUUUACUGCGAAAAAUCCACUACAAAGAGAAGCAUCCCCAAUACCAAUCGGAAAAACACCCUACCCGACACCUUCGCCCACACUAGGAACGUUAUCUCAAGGGCAAUAUACUACUCAACCACAUUACGUUCUCUACAAUAACUGGCAACAACCACUGUACAAUUCUCUUCAAUCGAAUAUGCAGUCGUUGCCACUUUAUCAACCGCAUCAUGCCAUUCAUUCACCACUUCGUUAUGUGUUUCAUCAUCAGUAUGGUCAGCCACAAUCUCAACACCUUCCAACUUUGCUGCCUCAGCCUUAUCAAAUUCAACAAACGACCUAUUCACAACAAGUGCAAGGCCGGCAGCAGCUUCAACAGUUUCAACAACUGCCGGGAUUGGCAGCAUUCAACAAUCAGCAACAGAUUUCACAACCGUAUCAACAUCUGCAACAACUGCAACCACAACAGCAACAACAACAACCACUGCGACAACAGCCACAACAACAACGACAGAUAUACCAGGGAGUGGGGCAGAGUUACCCAUACUUGUACCAAAAGCAACCGUACAACACUGAUCAGCGAGUGGGGCCUUGGUCCCAACAAUAUUAUCAACGACAGCAACAGCAACCGCAACCGCAAGCACGGCACCCGAGUUCUUACAGACAGGCAAAACAAGUUAGUGGUCAAGUCUAUCCUCUGUCUUCUACGACAAGACAUGUAGUGUUCACAAAUCAGCCAGCCGGGACGCCACCAGAAUAUAAUCAAGAGACAAAUGUAGCUCUAACAGCUCCAAUACAGCAUGGCAACAUCCUGAUUAAACUCAAUACGAAACCGAUAAUGGGUCCAUUAACGGAAGCAAAAGCGGUCAGUGUGUCGUCAGAAGUCACCGCUAUUUCUAAACAGUCUGCUCAACGUACAACUAGUGCCGUAUUUCCGCGAAGGCGUUUUCCAACCAGGACCAUUCCAACUCAACGGUUUAGCACAACGUCAACGUUCCGUCCUGUCGAAGCCGAUACUAGCAAUAAACUUCGUUAA